UUGCCCUUUCCAAACCUGAUUGACGCAGCCGCUCUCUCCUCCUCCCCAUUGACGGGCUCUCUCGAUCUCGAACUCUCUCCAUCUCUCUCGAUCUCAAGCUCUCUCCAUCUCUCUCCAUCGAUCUCAGCCUCUCUCUAUCAUGAGCUCUCCGCACAAACCCAUCUCAAGCUCUAUCUCUCGAUCUCUCUCUCGAUCUCCAACGCAUCUCUCUGUUUUCCGACAAACCCAUCUCGAGUUCUCUCUCUUUGAGAUUCUUCAAGUGUGAGAUGAGUUGAUGGUGCAAUGCGAGGAGUGUUCUGAGUGGAGAGUGGAUGAUGAUGAUGCAGAGAACAUCCUUACACCUCUAAAGCUGAGGAAUGUAAAGAACAGAGGACAUGAGCGGUUACUGCAGCAAAUCAGAACAAACCCACCAUCUCCUCAGUGCUUCUCUGAGAACCGGACAGCUUCUUUGAAGGCCUUGGCGACCGAACCUACGGUUGAAGAAGUGGUGAAGAGAAAGGAGGAAGGAGAGCAGGUCAGAGACAGUAACAACAACAAAGAAGGGAGGGGCUUGGACGUUCUAUGGUUCUUAAAGCCUUGCUCUAUGGCCAACUAAAUUCUUUUACCAAAUACUUUUUUUUAUAUCUGAUACAUUCUUUUGUUGAAGUUCAUUUUUAUUAAACUGUAACUGAUGAUCUUGCUCAGAUUCAUCAUGUAACUCUCAGCAAUUUGUAUCAUCAAUCUCACCUUUACAUACAAUAAAUAAAAUUUGUUUAAAUAAAA